AUGGUUUUGUCAAAGAUUGCUACUCUUUCUACCAUCCUGGCCUCCGUCUCUCUGGUGGCAGGUCAUGGUUAUGUCUCUAGUAUCGUGGCCAACAGCCAAAACUACACCGGCUACAUCGCUGAUUCCUACCCCUACAUGUCCGAUCCCCCCGAGAGCGUCGGCUGGGCCACAACCGCCACCGAUCUCGGCUUCGAAGACGGCGCAGAAUACCAAGCCCCAAAUAUCAUCUGCCAUCGCAACGGCACCAACGCAGCCCUCUCAGCCACGGUCACCGCAGGCUCCAAGAUCGAUAUCCAGUGGACACCAUGGCCGGACUCACACCACGGCCCGGUCAUCACAUACCUAGCCUCGUGCAACGGCGACUGCAGCACAGUCGACAAGACUACACUCGAAUUCUUCAAGAUCGAUGCGAUCGGUUUGAUCGAUGAUACCACUCCACCCGGUACUUGGGCUACUGAUCAGCUCAUUGCGGCUGGGAAUCGAUGGACUGUUACGAUUCCUAGUAGCAUUGCGUCGGGCGGGUAUGUGAUGCGGCAUGAGAUUAUUGCGCUUCACUCGGCCAGUCAGCAGGAUGGGGCGCAGAAUUAUCCUCAGUGCUUGAAUUUGGAUGUCACUGCCGGUGGUAGUGCGGCGCCUGAGGGGACGCUUGGUGAGGCGUUGUAUACUGAUACUGAUCCGGGUAUUCUGAUCAACAUCUAUACUGCUCUGACCAGCUAUACUAUUCCCGGACCGGCGCUUUACAGCUCUUGA